AUGCCAAUGCUAGACAACGUGCAAGUUCUAGGGGAAAUCGACUCCAAGGCGCAGUUCGCGCCGUCAUCGACGACCGUCGAGGACAUUCUCACGCCCGAAGCGCUGGGGUUCGUGGUUCUGCUCCAUCGCACUUUCGACGAGCGCCGUCGGAAACUACUUGGAAACCGCGCCGCCGUGCAAGAUGCGCUGGACAAGGGCACGUACGAGUUUGGGUUUCUGGAGUCCACGCAGCAGAUCCGCGACAACGUGGCAUGGCAGGGCGCCGUGCCCGGGCCCGGGCUAGCCGAGCGUCACUCGGAAAUCACAGGCCCGCCGCUGCGCAACAUGCUGGUGACCGCGCUGAACGCGCCCGUGUCAACGUACAUGACCGAUUUCGAGGACUCGGCCGCCCCCACUUGGGACAACUGUGUGUACGGGCAGGUGAACCUCUACGACGCGAUUCGCGACCAAAUCGACUUUCGCACCCCGCGCAAAGAGUACAAACUGAACGGACCCUUUGCAUCACUUCCCACGAUCCUCGUCAGACCACGUGGGUGGCACAUGGAAGAGAAGCACGUGAUUGUCGACGGCAGACCCAUCUCCGCCUCGCUGUUCGAUUUCGGGCUGUAUUUCUUCCACAACGCGCGCACAUUAGUGGAGCUGGGUAAGGGCCCUUACUUCUAUCUGCCCAAGAUGGAACACCAUCUCGAGGCGCGCCUGUGGAACGACGUGUUCAACGUGGCCCAGGACUUCAUCGGCAUGUCGCGCGGCACGAUCCGUGCUACUUCACUCAUCGAAACGCUACCCGCUGCGUUCCAAAUGGAAGAAUUCAUCUUUGAGCUUCGCAACCAUUGCGCAGGCCUCAACUGCGGUCGUUGGGAUUACAUCUUCAGCACCAUCAAGCGUCUCCGCAACAAGCCGGAACAUGUGCUACCGGACCGCGACCACGUGACGAUGGCCGCGCCAUUCAUGGAUGCCUACGUGCGCCGUCUCAUCGAGAUUUGUCACCGUCGUGGUGUGCACGCAAUGGGUGGGAUGGCUGCCCAGAUCCCCAUCAAGAACGACGUCCAGGCCAACAACGCCGCAAUGGCCAAAGUUCGGUCUGACAAAGAACGUGAGCUUGCCAAGGGUCACGACGGUUCAUGGGUUGCGCAUCCCGCACUUGCGCCUAUUUGCAAUGAGGUUUUUGACAGCAUGGGAACCGCUAACCAAAUUCACAACAUUCCAGAAAGUAACGUUACUGCCCAAGAUUUGUUGAAUACGCGCAUUUCGCACGGCGGUGUCACUAUCGCCGGUAUUCGUCAAAACUUGUCGAUAGGAUUGCAGUACAUGGAAGCGUGGCUACGCGGAUCGGGCUGUGUGCCUAUCAACAACCUCAUGGAAGAUGCCGCUACCGCAGAAGUGUCUAGGUGUCAGCUAUACCAAUGGGUGAGACACCGGGUUAAAUUGUCAGAUACCGGUGAUAUAGUGACUCCAGACUUGACACAAAGCAUUUUGGAAGAACAAGUGGCCGAGCUCUCUGCAAAAAGCCCGCUAGGCGACAAAAAUAAGUUUGCGCUUGCCGCCAAGUACUUCUUGCCCGAGAUCAGAGGCGAGAAAUUUAGCGAGUUUUUAACCACUCUGCUGUACGAUGAAAUUGUCACUGUCAAGACCUCGCGUUUGUAG